AUGAGGGGGCCUUCCUGCCUCUGGGUCUUGCUCCUACUGCUGCUGGGAGCUGCUGGGACAGGGACGCUGGAGUCUGCAGCCUGCGGGCAGCCCCAGGUGUCGAGUCGCAUCGUGGGGGGCCGGGACGCCCGGGACGGACAGUGGCCGUGGCAGGCGAGCAUCCAGCACCGCGGGGCGCACGUGUGCGGGGGCUCGCUCAUCGCCCCCCAGUGGGUGCUGACCGCAGCGCACUGCUUCCCCAGGCCGACGCUGCCGUCCGAGUACCGCGUGCGCCUCGGGGCGCUGCACCUGGGCCCCGCCUCGCCCCGCGCGCUCUCGGCGCCCGUGCGCAGGGUGCUGCUGCCCCCGGACUACUCCGAGGACCGCGCCCGCGGCGACCUGGCGCUGCUGCAGCUGCGCCGCCCGGUGCCCCUGAGCGCCCGCAUCCAGCCCGUCUGCCUGCCCGAGCCCGGGGAGCGCCCGCCCCCCGGCACACCGUGCUGGGUCACCGGCUGGGGCAGCCUGCGGCCGGGAGGUGAGGCGGGGGUAAGGGUGCCGCUGCUGGAUGCGCGCACCUGUGACCAUCUCUACCACGUGGGCACCGACGUGCCCCGCGCGGAGCAUAUAGUGCUGCCCGGAAACCUGUGUGCUGGCUACGUCCAGGGCCGCAAAGACGCCUGUCAGGGUGACUCUGGGGGACCCCUGACCUGCGUGAGAUCCGGGCGCUGGGUCCUGGUGGGCGUGGUGAGCUGGGGCAAGGGCUGUGCCCUGCCCAACCGUCCAGGGGUCUACACCAAUGUGGCCGCUUACAGCCCCUGGAUUCAGGCUCGCCUUAGCCUCUAA